GUAUGUUGGGAUCAGCGAGAGAUUCGCCGGCCAGCUCAACAGCAAGAAGCAACUUGGCAAAGAAUGAAUGGCCUGGACAAGCUGAUCUCCUACACCGGAGAUUUUCUCCUGCUCCCUGAUGUUCCGGAGUCAAAGAUCCAAAUUCGGAGCAACUCCAUCACCAUACGGCAGUGGCGUGCAGCCACCGCAGCAGCGGACUGUGCAGUUUUUGCUGCGUCCUUGUUAAAGUUGUUCCCCAACGUCAAGGAAGAGGUGAACGAGAUUGCCCUGCGUAUCAUGAAGCGUCUGGUGCACCUUUUUACGCAGCAAGUGGAGCUUGCCCUGGAG